ACACUCCCACAGUAGGGGGCGGUACUGCAUCUGAACGCCGGCUGACAUCUGCCGUAAACCGGAAAUAAGAAAGAAGAAGAAGCUGACCUUCCGCGGUAGGUGAAUGCUGCCGAUAACUCCUGCGAGCAUGGCGGGUCGUACGCUGGCGAAAGGACUAUUGGGGCUUCGGCAGCUACGAUCUGUCUCCAUCGGACACCCGUGUGGUGGACAUCAGUACGCUACUGCAGCGUCCGUCAAAUCCCGUCAACCCCAACAUGACGAUGUGACAGAUAAAAUAAUGAAGGUGCCACUUGAGAAGCAGGACUUUUUCCGCGUGUCGGAGCUCUUCUCGUUGAAAGAGCUGUUCGACGCCAGAGUUCAUCUUGGACAUAAAAUAGGUUGCAGGCACAGACUUAUGCAGCCAUACCUCUAUGGCUGCCGUUUGGACCAAGAUAUAAUUGAUCUCGACCAGACGGUGGAGUACCUUCAGCAGGCCCUGAACUUCACUGCCCACGUAGCAUAUCGUGGUGGCAUCAUACUUUUCAUCAGCCGCCGGCGUCAGUUUGGCCAUCUGGUGGAGAGCACCGCUAUUGAUUGUGGGGAAUACGCCCAUACGAGGUACUACCAGGGCGGCCUCCUCACCAACGCCCCCGUCCAGUACGGCCCCGGCGUUCGCUUGCCGGACCUCAUCGUCUUUCUCUCCACCCUCAACAAUGUGUUUCAGCAGCACGUGGCGAUCCGAGAUGCGGCUAAGAUGAACAUUCCCACGGUGGGUGUGGUGGACUCGAACUGUAACCCCAGCCUGAUCACGUACCCCGUGCCUGGGAAUGACGACACUCCAGUUGCCAUGGAGCUGUACUGUCGCUUAUUCAAGAUGACCAUCAACCGUGCCAAAGACAAACGGAGACAGAUGGAGCUACUGUACAGCUUUUCGGCACCCUCCACGCCAAGCUCAUGAAGUGAUAUAUAUUCUCAAAUAAGAGACAUUUAAAAUGUUUUUUAUGAUUUGAUUUAAGUUAGGACUGUCUGCGCCUCGUCGUCAUUGUGCAUCUACAUCAACAGAUCUGAUGUGAGCGUUUGGGGGCCGAGUUGCAUUAGCCACAGUGCAGUCCUGUACGAAGACUGAAGUUGUGUAAUGAAUGUUGUUUCUGUGACGUGGUUGUCUCCAUUCUAAACCGUCAUUGUUCUAACACUAGACGUUAAAUAGAUGAGUCCUCUUGCAUCUGACACCAAUGACCAUGUUUAGACGGACUCCAUGAUCUUUACUGUGACAUCUAAAAUCACACUGCCCUUUGUUUUACUGUGACAUUCACUCCAAUAUGCUUUAGAACCUAAUGCAAAUAACUAAAGCCCGUCACGUUACGGCAAUCUUACUUCUUCAGUCCCGAUAGUUAUAUCUGGACUUUGGAUAUCAGCCGGUUCUCAGUACCCAUCCAAUACCAGCGUUUGAUCAGAUGUAGGCCUGUGCGAUAUUACAAAACUGUCAACAGCAUAAACAAUUUUUCAUAAUAUGAUGUAUAGCGUCAUGUCGAACAGCCCUAAUAAGCCUUGGACUUGGCUUAUUCUCUGCUUUUAAACCAGUUGGUGUAUUGAUACCUCCCUCUGUGCUUUGUUAGCUCUCCCAGCAAAUCGCCCCGUUCUGCUGGUGCACUGCUGACACAUUUGGUUCAACAUGGAUUGAGUAGAAUUGAUUGGCCCUAUUCUCACUCAAACCCAGUCUAGCUAUAUAGGUCAGUUUCGGACCAGUGCAUCACUAGUUCACAUCAUCACAGGGUUGGAGGUCGCUUGUGUUUUUCAGCCCCAUCUUCCUUUCAUGCUGCCUCUGUGUCAAACCCCCUGAGGCUAUACGCGUGUGCUGGUUUUACAAAAAUGAACCCAGUGCAUAGCAGGUUUUUUUCAAACAGCGUGAGUUUCGCAGCACGUCACAAAAUGUCAUGAAGCCUUUAAAUUAAUAAAUGCAUAUAUAUGGGCAACGAAAAGAAA